AUGCGUUUCUCGGUAAAUUCUCUCGCUCUUUUCUUGCUUUCAAGCCAGGCCGGUUUUGCCCUCGCAGGGCUCUGCAGACCGUCGACGACUACAACAGCCGCUGCGACGACCACGACCACCUCCGUCCCCGAAGGAACCCCCAUUGUCGCCGUCCUCUCCGAUGGAAGAGUAGUAAAUACCUACCUCAACGGCCUGUUCCUGAGCGAUCAAGGAGACACCCCCGCAACCUUCAUCCUUGAGCCGUCAACCGGUCGCCUCACCACGACCGUUGGUGGCACGAAAUACUACCUCCAAACCGUCAUCCCGCUUGGCCCUCAGCUUUCAUUUCAGUUUGAUACCUAUCAAAAUAUUGCGAACAAUCAGUACCGGUACUUCGUCAAAUGCGACGUCGUCGCGGGCUUUCUGUCGUGCGCGUCUGAGAGUGGUUCGACGCCUAUUUAUUGGCAUAUCGAGAGCAAUAACAUUUUCUAUGGCAAUGAGAACGUACUCACUGAUGUCACUACUGCUCAGUUCAGGUUUCAAUAG